AUGGACGGGCAGCACUCGGAAAAGCCACACAGCCACACCACGGCUGAUAGGAUGUCAUCGACCACGUCCCAGAACCCCAGAAUCUUCUCCCCUGUCUCCAGAUCCACGAAGGACCUAUCUUACAUGAAGGUACCUGCCCACAGGGACAGACAGGCACACCCCACCACCAUCCUGCUCUGCAAGUCACAGAGCAGCCAGGCUGCUCUGGUGCCCAAGGAGCACAAGAUGUUCAUGGAGGAAGCCUACAAUGCAGCCAUUUGUUUCAAGAUGCUCCGGGACCUGAAUAGUUCAGACCCCCUCCGCUUGAAGUACAUCAUCAAGAAGAUCAAUAACAUGGCUUAUGGGGCCCCCAACCUGGUGCUGGAAACGAUCCAUGACUACUUUGUAGACAACCCCGAGAUCUCCUCCCGACACAAGUUCCGGCUGUUCCACGUCCUGGAGGCAGUCAUUGAAUCCAGUGACUCCCUGGAGGAGGCCUGGGAGAAAUCGUUCAUGCAGCUGGCCCUGGAGAACAUGACCAAGUCCACGGAGCUGGAAGAGGCAUACCAGGACGCGGCCAGCAACGUGUUGCUGGCCAUCUGUAGGCACUCGUGGCGGGUGGUGGCCCGGCACCUGGAGACCGAGGUCCUGACGGGCAUCUUCCCACACCGCAGCCUCCUCUAUGUGAUGGGCAUCCUGACCUCUACUGAGGCAAUCUUCAACCAGGGAGACAAGGCUUGUUGGGAAGAGCACCUGGCCCAGAUGGCUGUCAAGUCGGUCCAGUUCCUGAACACAGAUGCGUGGUACAAGGCACUGCUGUUGGCACUCACCAGGCCCGACCAGACAUGCCAGGAGCAGCCCCCAGAGAAGGCUUUUCUCUUCAUCUACUAUGGGCUGAUCCUUCAAGCUGAGGACAACAGCACCACCGUCAGGGCACACCUGAGAAGCCUCCUGGACACAUCCCACCAGUGGCCCAAGCAGAGGGAGGGUAUGGCGCUCACCAUAGGACUGGCUGCCGUGCGCCACCUGGACCACGUCUGGGCUGUCCUGGAGCAGUUUGGCCAGAGCACGCCCAUUAAAUGGAGCCUCCAGAGCUCCUGCCUGAAGAACUCAGAGGACCUGCAGUGGAAGUGGGCCAGCAGCACCAUGCUCCUCGCUUACGGUCAGAUGGCAGUCAGGGCCAAGGCGCACAUCCUCCCGUGGGUGGACAACAUCUUGUCGCGGAUGGUCUUCUAUUUCCACUAUAGCUCCUGGGACGAGACCCUGAAGCAGAGCUUCCUCACCGCUGUCCUCAUGCUGGUGGGGGCCAUCAGCCGCAACGAGGGAGCCCACAGCUACAAGUUCUCCCAGAUCUCUGAGCUCCUUGAGUGUCUGAUGGUGCUGGUGGAGAAGGAACCCCAGGACACGCUGUGCACCUCAACUCGCCAGCAGGCCUUUCACAUCGUCGCCAGCCUCUGUAAGCUGAGGCCACCCCUGGACUUGGAGAGGAAGUCAUGGAUUCUGUCCGUCUGCCUACACAGCGUGUUGGCCCUGCCCCUGCUGGACGUCCUGGAGAAACACACCUGUCUCUUUCUAGAGCCACCCAACAUACAGCACACUCCGGCCCUGCGACGGGCCUCGGCACUCUGUCGCUGCUGGGGCUUGGCAGCUGCUGACGUGCUCCAUGUCCCCUCACAGACCCUGUACAACAAGACUGCAGAGGCCCUGGACCAGAUGCUACAGAGUUUCAUCGUACAGAACCCCACGACCAACGAGCUGCACUUCCUGCUGUCGCACCUGUACCUCUGGCUGGCGUCGGAGAAGGCACACGAGCGGCAGCGGGCUAUGCACAGCUGCAUGGCCCUUCUCAGAUUCCUGAGCCAAAACCCCUACCUGGAUCCAAAAGAGGACUUCAAGCGGAUUGGGCAGCUGGUGUGCGUGUUGGGGAUUUUGUGCCAGGACCCGGACAGGGCCACCCAGCACUCCAGCCUGGAAGGAGUGGGCCACCUCUACCAGCUCCUGAGGUGCCAGAGAGCGACGGAAACUCGGAAGGUGGAGGUGCAGACCCCGGAGCAGCUUUCUCAGGCCCAUGGGAAUGGGACUCCUGUCUGGAGCAGCGGAGACCAGAAGACAGCUCCGCCGGCCUCUCAGGAGCCGGUGUUCCCGAAGGACGGCGUCCUCCAGCUUGGCAGCUCCCAAGUCAUCAAGGAGGUCAUGAAGCAUCUCACGAUGGCAGAGCUGACCGACCUCAUCUGGACAGCCAUCGAAGGCCUGGGCUCCACCAGCCCCUUCCGCGUUCAGGCAGCCGCCGACGUGCUGCUCACCACCAUCAAGGAGCACGGGGCCAACCUGGAGACCGUUGCCAACCUGGGCCGGGCCAUCCACUUGCAGCUGUGCUCCAUCCGCAUCCCCCAGGCCAAGGAAGACGUCCUGCACGCCGUCACCCUGCUAGCCCGGAGCCACACGCCGGAGCUGGUGGCCACCUUCCUGGACUUCUCCAUACCCCUGGACAGCCAUGCCUUCCGCUUGUGGAGGGCCCUGGGGGCCGAGCAGCCCGUGAGCCGCGUGGUAUUGGCCACGCUCCUGGACUGGCUGCGGGAGCGGCCGCUGCCCGGAGGGGCCGGAAACGGCAGCCCCCAGCCCAAGGAUCAGCCCUGGCUGCGCUCGUUGGCUGCCAUGAACACGCUGCACGAACUGCAGUUCGCCCGGGAGUUCAAGAAGGCGGUGCGGGAGGCCCACCCCGAGCUGCUGCUGGCCCUCCUCACCCAGCUGCACUACGUCUUGGAGCUGAACCCGCCAGAGGGGCCCCCGCCCGGCCAGGAGGCCCCAGAGACGACCACACCCAGCCCGCAGAGCUGCAGCACGUCCCUGGAAGCACUGAGAAGCCUGCUGUCCACCACGGGGCACUGGCAGGACUUCGCGUUCCUGGAGCUGCAGGACGCCUGGAAGCUCUUCACCACCAUCCACACCUACCCGCAGGGCGUGGGUCUCCUCGCCAGGGCCAUGGUGCAGAACCGCUGCCAACAGAUCAAGGCAGUGACCAGCCAGCUGCUGCCCAGCCUGCAGAGCAAGGAGGAGCGCGAGAGGAAGGCGGCCAUCCUCAUCCUCACCGAGUUCCUCUACAGCCCCACCAUGCUGGAGGUGCUCCCCAGACAGGCUGCCCUGACCACGCUGGCCCGAAGCCUCAGGGACCCCAGCCCCGAGGUCCGCGUGUUGAGCCUGCAGGGCCUAGGAAACAUCCUUUUCCACCCAGAGAAGGGAAGCCUGCUCUGCGGACAGCUACCGCCCUUCCUCGACGGCUUCUUCCAGAACAGCGAGCAGGCGGUCGUGCAGGUCAUGGGCACCGUGUCAGACGUGCUGCACCGCCUGGGCGUACACGGCGCGGCCGCCCAAAGCCUCAGGGUCGCCAUCUACGCCCGCUCCUUUUUCGAUGACGAGCGGGCUGGGAUCCGGGCGGCGGCCAUGGCGCUGUUCGGGGACCUGGUGGCCGCCGUGGCCAGCAGGGAGCUGAGCGGCCUGCGGGCCCAGGUACACCAGAGCAUGGUGCCCCUGCUCCUGCACCUGAGGGACUGCUGUCCGGCCGUCGUCAAGCAGGCCAAGUUCUCCCUGUACCGCUGCGCCCUGCAGCUCCGGUGGCGGCUUCCGCACACCCUCUUCUGCACGCUGGCCUGGGAGCAGGGCCUCAGCGCCCGCCACUUCCUCUGGACCCGCCUGAUGACCCGCAGCCAGGAGGAGUUCAGCAUCCACUUGGCGCAGGCCCUCAGCUACCUGCACAGCCAGCACCGCCGCAUCAAGACCUGGGCGGCGCUCUUCAUAGGUUACACCACCUGCUACCACCCCCAGGCCGUGUCCCAGAUGCUGAACAGUGUCGACACAAACCUGCUCUUCUCUACUUUCGAAGAUCUCAAAAAGGACCCAGAGCCUGGCAUCCGGGAAUUUGCCACCAGACAGUUCUCCUUCCUCCAGAAGGUGGCAGCCAGACCGCAGUGA